AUGGGACAUGGAAUAGUUGGUUUUGUACUAAAUUUAAUUUCACUUAUUCAUGGUUCAUUUGCAAUUGUGAUUUCGGUUAUUAUCCUUGUAGGAGCUUUUAUUGUUUUAUGUCCUAUUUUAAUCUGGCAUGAUGUCAUAUAUUUACCUAAUGAAUAUUAUUGUUUUCCUGCAUUCACGAAAACUCGUGGUAUUCUUUGGGCUCUAUUUAUUGCUUAUGGAUUACCUCUCUUACUUUUAUCUCUUAUAUAUCUUCGUAUUACAAUAUUUAUUCGUCAACAACCCCAUAACCAAACAUUGAUGGUGAGACAACGACAACAACGAGAUUUGACCGCUAUUCAACGAAUUUUUAUUAAUGUUGGUCUAUUGUUUGUUCUUGGAAUUCCAGGUGUAACCGUUUUGAUAAUGUGCUUCAUCAAUGGUAUUGAAUAUCCAUUAGCCUAUCGUAUUUUGUGGGUUGGAUCUGAAGUGUCCAUGGCAAUAUUAAGUAUACAAAUGGUAUUUAUGACACCUCAAUUGAAGAAUCUUUUUAUCAUAAGACGACGACAAAAUCGUGUGACUACCUUGGAUGGUACAAUUCCAAGGAGGGCCAUUGCCACUAAUCAAUGA